UGUGCCGAGAGAGCUAACCCGAAGUGUGCUGGCUGCGCUCGCUCUUCGGCUGCCCUGCCGCGCGCUCGAGUGCGAGAGGCCGAGAGUGUUCUGGCGGCGGCGGCGGCGACCUUUGGGUGACGGCCGGGGCUUUCGGAGGAGCGGUGCAGUACGUCCUGUGGAGCGACUUCUGGCCAGCCUAGAUUCUGUCAUAAUGAAUGGGUCCGGUAUGGCAGAUACACCACCCAGUGUGAAAUCCAAAGAGGACCAGGAAAUAAAUGGACAUGAUGAGAAAGAAAAUCCAUUUGCUGAGUACAUGUGGAUGGAGAACGAAGAGGAUUUCGACAGACAGGUGGAGGAGGAACUGCAGGAGCAAGACUUCUUGGACCGCUGCUUCCAGGAGAUGCUGGAUGAAGAAGACCAAGAGUGGUUUAUUCCUGCACGAGACCUACCCCAAGCCAUGGGACAGUUGCAACAACAGUUAAAUGGCCUAUCCGUCAGUGAUGGUCAUGAUUCUGAAGAUAUUUUGAGCAAAAGUAACCUGAACCCAGAUGCCAAGGAAUUUAUUCCAGGAGUGAAGUACUGAGCUGACAGAAGGCUUUGAGGAGGACUUGUAUCUCUCCACAUCUGGGGACAGCACUACACAAAAAGGCGAGGGGUGGGACAAGGGGAACAGAGGUUUAACUUGAUACUGUGACUGCAGGAACUGAUGUACACAGUCUUACUCUUCAGACUUCUGAGCAUUUUCCUUGGGUUCCAUUGACUUUCAUUUGGGGCAGUUUGUUGUUAUUGAUGAUGUUGUUAUUAUUAUUAUUAUUAUUUUCUGCAGCAGCAGUUCGAGAUGAGGCAUUAGCAGUCAUCCUCCCAGCUUCAUCAGGACUGUUACUGUGUUUUUGUUUUGUUAUUAAUUUGUUACCUGAGAAAAACGUGGGUCUUUAAGAGAUGUUCUGCUCACUCUGUACCAAAGGCAGUGAACACGUGAAGAACUAUGUGCUGAGUCUGUUAAACUGACUGGGAAAGGGGGCAGGUGGACAAAACAGGUAGAAAGCAGAAAUAUUCAGCUCAGCUCCUUCCCUGGAGGUUUCUUGCAGUUAGCUAAGAUGGCCAGUGCCCUGCCAGGCUCAUGUACCCUAUCCCUACCUUGAAUACCAGCCAGGAAAACAGACUUAAAGAGCAUUAGUUAUGCCAGAGUGAUGUACUUGUUCUCUCUUUGUCCCCUGGCCCUAAAUAAAUAAAUAAAUAAAAAUGUAUGGUUACCAAAGGUGUGUGAGAGGCAUGCUGUGCUGGCCAUUGGCCUGAGCGUGGAAAAAUCAUUUUCGAAUUGUUCAUUGUUUUAAGUUUAUUUUGACUUUUUUCUUCCAGUUCCAUGAACACUUAUUUGUUCUGGAAUCUUAACUCCUUUGGAAAGGUUUAUACACUUUGGCAAAUAAAUCCAUUUUCCAGGGUACUAGCAAGAAGCUCAGUUUAGUUUGAAUGCUUCCCCCCACCUUAUGGAAUAAUGCAAAAGGAGUUUAUACAAGUGAGUUUCAUCUGACCUAGGUGGCUGGUACCCACUGGACAGUUUGAGCAAUUAUAGAAUUUUGGUGUUCUCACACCUAGUUAUGCAGGUUCUCCUGAUCCCCCUCUCUCUGAGUGAAUUCCUUUUUGUUUCCUGCCUAUAAGUCGGUGGAAAUUUUUUGUUGAUAGUCAUCAGGAACAAAAUCAAGUGCCAGGAGUUGUGAUAUAGGUAGCAGAGCCAGGUUGAAAAGAGAGCACACCCAAAGCUGGCCAUUCUCCCAGAAUGAGGACUUGCAGAGACCCAAGGAGAACACAGGCUGCUGGAUGGCAGCUGCUGUUGCCUAGCAGGGUAAGGUCAUAUAACUUGAAACAAACCUCUAUAAAUUCAGAUGUAGGACAAAGGUCGGAUGGUAAGGCCUAGGGUUAGAAAACCUUAAGAAUUCUUAGGGUGGGGGAAAGAUAGCAUAAUGGUUAUGCAAACAGACUCUCAUACCUGAGGAUCUGAGGUUCCAGGUUCAAUCCCCUGUCCCAUCAUAAUCCAAAGGUGAGUAGCGCUCUGGUUUAAAAAAAAAAAAAAGUUAAAAUAAGAAUUCCUGUUUUCUCCUGAAUUCCUUGUUAAUUUUUUUUAAUGACCACUGACUGAAGUCAGAUUGAAAAUACAAACCUAUAUCUUUCCAUCAUUUGAUCUAUGGGAAGACAUUAUUUGAAGUGACCUUUACUAGGUCACAUGUCCUAGGGAGAGUAAUUUAGGGAGCUUGCAGUAUUGCUUAUAUCAUGUGCACAUUAAUUCCCAAAGCCUCUACCUCAUGAGAAUGGGACUUCUUUUUUUCUUUUUCUUUUCCCUUUUGUUGCCCUUUUGUUGUUGUUGUUGUUUUUGUAGUUAUUAUUGUUGUUACUGAUGUUGUCUUUGUUAGGACAGAGAGAUGGAAGGAGGGGAAGACAGAGAGGAGAGAAAAAUAGACUGCUUCACUGCCUGUGAAGCGACUGGGAUCCUUAGGCCAGUCCUUGCGCUUUAUGCCAUGUGCACUUCACGCCACGUGCGCUUGACCCACUGCGCUACCACCCAACUCCUGAGAAUGGGACUUCUAACUUAUUUUCAGAAGGGACUGUAAAGCUGCUAAUAAACUUUAUUUUAGCUGCAACUGGGGUGGUAACUUCUAGUGAGGAGAGUCCUUGAAAGUGCAGAAAUAGUAGAAGUCCUCCUGGGGCAUCCUUUCCUCCUUCAGUAUGCAUUAGCUUAUGGAAACUUAGGAUUCUGAAGAUUGUAGAUGGAUUGGAACUGCAAAAGUAGACAUUUUCUAGACUGUGGGUGUUUCCAGUACAAAGACUACAUGCAGAGGAUUUUUGUUUGGUUCCUCAUCUGAGAAGUCCUGGAGGAUCCGAAUCAAGCUGUCUCUUGUCCUGAAGUGGGCUUGCUCUUCUGGCAUGAAGAUAAGCUAACAUGUAAGGAACAGGGGAAGGAGGCCUGGCUCUCUUUCUUUCUUUUCUAAUUUCUAACCAAGACACAUACUUGGAAGUAAAAUAUCAAAAUCAGUUGGGAGGCCUACUCUGCAUGUUGUCCUAAGAUGCACACCUGGGGUUGGCCUGUCUUCUAUUGUGCAUUUGGGAUGUUAGUCUUCAAAAUUAUAACGCUUAUUUGGUCAGAAAUAAGACCUGCUGGAUAAACAGGAGAACUUCAUGACUGGUCUCUCCAGGCCUGUUCAGAGUGUUCUGACUCUAGGAAGCAGUUAGCUGCGUGACCAAUGAGGAAGCUCCAGUGGUUCCUUUUGUAGCCCAACUCUUCAUCUGUUGGGUUGUUGGAAAAGUCACGACACAUUUUUGUAUAGAAAAAAAAAAAAAGACCAGAAAAAUAACAUCAUGACUUUUCUGACAACCCAUUAUUUUAUGUGGUGAGGUACAAGUCCGGUUUUCACCGAGAUCAUAGGUUCAGCUUUAGAGCUUGCCAACUUAGCAGAGAAAUGCACAUAUGUCCCGUUGGACCAUCACUAAGGAAAGGUUGGGAGCCUAUGUCUAUCUCAAGUUUUCCUCAUGGACAGUUCUGGGUACAAGCCAGGCUGGACAACUUUAUCCUUUAUUGGAAAGACUGGCAUUUUGAAAAAAUGGUCAGGUGAUUUUGAAUUUAAAACAUUAUUCUGUCUGGACUUUUUUUUUUUUUUUUCUUCAAAGCAUCAGUUUGAGACUGUAUAGGAAGAAAAGGUUUAUUUUAACUGUUACAAGUUCUGGCUGGUUCCAGCAUUAGUCUAUUACUGAUUGAUUUCUAAUUUUUGUGAUUUUCUUAAAGAUAAAAAUUAUUUUCUCUAUUAUCCUUAAAGGAGAAACAAACCAUAAGGAAAUGCCUUUUCAGUUUCUAAAGUCCUUUGAACUGCAAAAACAAACAAACAAACAAACAAACAAACAAAAAACCUUGAUAUGCAGCCUUGAGUCUUUGGGCCACUUUCUGACUGCAGUGGUUGACUUGCAGAUUAAAUGAGGUCAAAACAUUAAAAAAAAGAAAAAGAAAAGAAAACUUGUAAAGUCAAGUCUCUAGUAGGGCUCCCUUUAAGACUACAAGGCUACCUGUGGCUUAGAAAACAGUAAAAUAAAAAUACUAAGAUUUUUUUUUAACUUAAGUAUUACUGUAAUGUCAGUUUUGUCUUGAUUUUAUAGAAUUAAGGAAGGAAGCCAAGAAGUAUCCUGACAGUUUAUGCAUAUUAGAGAGGAAAGUUGUGUGAAGUAGCCAAGGGGGUAUCCAGGUGGUGGCACAUCUGGCUGAGCGCACACAUUACAGUGCACAAGGACCCAGGUUCAAGCCCCUGGUCCCCACCUGCGGGGGAAAGCUUUAUAAGUGGUGAAGCAGGGCUGUAGGUGUCUCUCUGCCCCUCUCCCUCUCUAUCUUCCCCUUCCAUCUCAAUUUCUCUCUGUCUCUAUCCAAUACUAAAUAAAUAAAUAAAUAAAUAAAUAAAGCCAAGGGAAGUAGCUUGAUGGAAUCCUUUUGCUUUAGUACUGCUGCAUACCCCAUGCAGAAACGUCAAGAGUCCAGGAGUCCACUCUACUGUGAUCAUAGGGGGCAAAUUCUCUGAUAAAAUUCCCAGCAUCAGAGAUCAGUAUUUCUUGGUUUAGGUGAUUCUAAGGCAUGGAAACAGGCAGAGAGACCAAGACUUGAUGAUGGCCACCUAUUGGGAAAGACUCUUUAUCUUUACCUGGUUUGAUGGAGGGAACUGAAUUGAUCCGAUGUGUGCUAGGGACCUUGAUCUCCUCUACCUUUUCCACAGUCCCUCUGUGGUGCACAGAGUACUUUCUACAGCCAUUGCUCUGCUGUCUUGUGAAUGUUAUCCAGAGACUUGGAUAGUCACAAUUUGACCGUUUGUUUUUUUUUUUUUUUCUCUGUUUCAAUUUUCUGUUUCUCCUAUCAUGACAUUACAAUUGGUUACAAGGAACAGGAGAAGAAGACAGCCAAGAAAACAUUCAAAGGCCCUAUUUUCUACCUGAGCUUUUGCCCUCACCACUUAAGUCUCUAAUGUUGUUCCUAGUCAAUUUAGAUUUUUGUUUGUUUUAUCUUUAUUUCUUUGUUUUUUUGGGGGGUCAUAAGAAUAGGACAGCUUAGUAUUAUUAUUAUUAUCUGAGUAUUGUUUUCUACUGGGUGUCAGCCAAGGAUUCGCCACCAUUCACCAAUGCGACAGAAGAGAAAUUUGCACAAGUUUUACUUCAAAAGAAGUUUAAGUUUUAUUGUUACUAGGAGUCUCCUCAAAGAAUUGCUGAACUUUCUUCUCCAGUCUUACCUUUGUAGAGGCUACUUUUUACAAAAAAAAAAAAAAAAUAGAAGAAGUUGGGAUAUAGCUCAAUGGUAAAGUACAUGCUUCUCAUAUCCCUGUGUUCAAUCCCCCGUUCCAAAAAUUUAAUACAAUUUAAAAGUGAAGAAAUAGUAUAGGGUACUUUAUACUUAGAAGGACAAAAACAACUCUUGAGACAGUAGUAAAAUGUUUACUGUGAAGUGGUACGAUGUUUUUGCUCUAAUUCAGUAGUGCUGACUGAUCCUGACCUGCUAAUUGUGGUCUAUGAUGCUCGAUGGUUUGGAAGCCGGUGUUUUUUUUUUUUUUUUUCUUUUAAAACAAAUCUAUUGAGGUAUAUUUACAUGUGAUAAAUCCACUCAUUUCAGUCAUACAGUUUAGUGGUUUUAUUCAUAACUUCUUUAAGUCAUGCAGUCAUAAUUCUGAUUCAGUUUUGGAACAUUUUCAUCCCCCUUCUCCUUACCCCAAUAUACUCCUUCAUGUCUAUUUGCAUAAUCCCUGUACCCAGUUCUCAGCAACCAAUAAACUUCCUGUGUCUAUAAAUUUAUCUUUUUUGGACAUCGUAUUAAUGGAAUCACAUACUAGUGGUCUGGUCCCUGGUAUUUUUUUUUUGUUUUCUACAAGAGUUAUUGCUGGGGCUCUGAGCAUGCAAGAUCCAUUGUUCACAGUGGUUCCUUUUCCCCCUCUCAGAUGGUGAGACAGAGACAAAGGAGGAUAGACACUAUAGCACUGUUCCACCACUCAUUAAGCUUCCUCCAUGCCACUGCUUGCAUGUGGUAGCCAGUGACUUGAAUCCAGGUCUUCAUGCAUACUAACGUCUACACUGUGCUGGGUGAGCUGUCUUCUGGCCCUUCUCUGGCCUUUUUCACUUUGAGUAUUUUUGAGGUUCAUUCUUGAUGUAACUUGUGAUAGUAAUUUGUUCUUUUUGUUGUUGGAUUAUAUUCCGCUGGUGGGUAUAUACAACAUCAGCUUGUUAGCAGGGAGUCUUUUAAACUUAAAUUUCAGUCCCCUCUGCAGUCUAAAAUGGAACCCUCAGAAUAUAAGGCUCAUAGGGGAGGUUGCUUAUCAAAACCAGUUUUGUUGACAGAAGUUCCACAUGUUGGAAUCUGAACUGCUGCAGGGAAGGUUAAUAAAUUUGCAACUUCCUUUGUAUGAGGAACCUUUGUGCUGUCAACUCAUUUGAAGCAUCUUAUAAAAGUAUGAAUGUGUAUCUGAGUAAACAAGAAAGUGAAACCAUGUUGGAUGCCUUUUUCCUUCCUGACCAAACUUAAUAAACACAGCAUCAUCUCCAUUACAAAGCUGAACUUGUUUUAAGGAUGGUGAUGCCCUUGUGGAUGGCUCUGGAGGGAAGACCAGCAGGGCAUGUUGAGAAGAGAAGGGAGCUAGAGCUUGGGAAAGAAGAGGGUCUAUGCAUGGCCCACCCACCCAUCUGCUGGAGUGGGAGAAAUGCUGAUGGUGCCCUGGAAGACUGGCACCUGCAGCAGACCCAGGUCUUGAUUCUCACCCCUGCCCCCCAACUUCACAAGUGUCUAUAAAGACUGCUCUUUCUUACGUAACCAUUGCCUGAUAGUUAUUAUUACUUCUUAUGCGGGGGGUUGGACUUUAAUGUUGAAGGAAAAUUUUUUCUAUGUGUAUGUUACUUUUUAAAAAAAUUUGCUACACAAACCAAAUGGCAGCUGUUGAAAAUCUCAAUAAAAUGCAUUUGCUGAAAGUG